AUGAGUUAUAUCAUCACGUUUCAAGAUCCUCCAAAACACUUAGAAAAUCUUGUUAAUCAAACUCAAAGUCGAUUAGUUCUAACAGAUACUCGAAUAUCUAAUCGAUUCGAGGUAACUGCUCUUAAAAUGAAUGUUGAUACAAUUAUUUUAAAUAAUAAUGAGAUUAAUAUGAAUGAAAGUUUUGAUAAAUUUUCAAAACUAAACAUCAAUAGAGACAAUAUAGCAUUCACAAUAUUUACAAGUGGUUCAACAGGAAUACCAAAAGCAGUUCAAAUAAGUCAUCGAAAUUUUACUGAAUUUAUAAAAUCAUUUUUACAUGUUGAUAUAAUACGAAAAUCUGAUAAUAUAAUACAAAUGGCUCGUUGUACAUUUGAUAAUCAUCUUUUAAGUCUUAUUGGUACGUUAACUAUUGGAGCAACAUUAAUUAUGCUUCGACCAGAAGGAAAUAUGGAUCUUAAUUAUCUUUCAAAGAUUCUUUACGACAAACAAAUUACUGUUGUGCAUUGUGUUCCUUCGUUAUUAAAUAGUUUAUUUACUUUUCUUAAAGAAAAUAAUCGUAUGUCAUCAGUACAAUGGUUACGUUCAUUAUGUAGUGGUGGUGAAACUCUCAGUGUUAAAUUAGCUAAUCUGUUAAAAAGUGUCGUUACAAAAGAAUGUCAAAUCCGUAAUCAUUAUGGUCCAGCAGAAAUUACCGUCAAUUGUUGUUGUUAUUUAAUUGAUUUCUAUAAAGAACAUGGAAAUAAUAUUCCAAUCGGUCAUUUUCUUCCUAAUUAUCAAUGGUUAAUUAUAGAUGAACAUUUACAAAAUGUAAAUAUUGGAUGUGAAGGAGAACUACUUGUUGGAGGUGUCGGUGUUUUUCCGGGAUAUCUUAAACGUGAUGAUAUAACUCAUAAAUCAUUAAUAGUUAUCGAUAAUAAUAUAUUUUAUCGCACAGGAGAUCUUGUUCAAAUAGAAUCUAAUGGUUUAAUUCGUUAUAAUAGUCGAAAAGAUCAUCAAGUUAAACUUCAUGGACAAAGAAUUGAAUUGACUGAAAUAGAACGAUGUUUGCUUAAUAUGUCAUCAAUAUNACUCAUAAAAUCGAUGUUUUUUUUAUGA